GUUUUACUAUUUAAGAACGGAGCAGGGCGCGGCUGUAGCUCGUAGUUAGUUUGUGGAAAUUCUCUGUGGAACUCGGAAACCUGCAGUAUGUCUAUUAGUGUUUACUACGCCAGCAUUACUGCCACGGUUGAGCUGGAGAAGAAGCAGAAACAUAUUGAAUCCAUCUUGUCUUCGAAGGGCAUAGUCUACAAAUUACUGGAUCUGUCGGCAAAUGAGGAACUUAAAGAUGAAAUGAGAAAAAAAGUAGGGGAUCCCAAAGCAAUGCCACCACAAAUAUUUAAUGGAGACCAAUACUGUGGGGAUUAUGAUGCCUUUUUCCAGGCUGUGGAAUCUGAACAGAUAGAAUCCUUUUUGAAGUUGGAGGUUGCCUAGAGUCAGAAGAAUUCAUGAAUCAGCAAAUAAUAUCUUGCAUAUUUCAGUAUGAAGUAAUUUUUUUCCAAAUGUCAGUAUGGCAAUACUACCUGAGACAAAAUGUUCUUUGGGCAUUUCUGCAGUUUAUUCCUUUUUGAAGAUAUUUUAGAAGUAAUAAUUCUAUACAAUCAUGUAAAUCAUGAAAACAAAUAAAUUGCUUCAAUCCUUU